AUGACAGUAGUUUCAAAUGAAACAGAGAGAUUUAAUUUUUUAAUAGAUUCAUUCAAGUCUGACAGAAUGGAUCCUUAUGAUGAAGCAGUUGAAAAAAAUGAACUUGGGAAAUGGUUUAAAAUUAAAAUUAUGACUUUUAAAGAUGGAGGUAAUGUGACAUUGGAUCGUUCGUUAUUAGCUAAAAUCUUAAGAGAACGAACAGAAAAGAUGGGGACUAGUAUUGAUACUGUUUUGGCAGAUAAAUUAUUGAAAGCAUCAACUGCAUUGUAUAAUUUUGAAGAAGACAAAGAACGAAAUGAAUAUAUUAAUGAUGUCUUAGUCAUUAAGACAUGGUAUGAAGAUUGUCUUGAUGAACCAGACAAUCAUUUAAUUGGGUUAAAAGUCAAAGAUCAAAUAAUUUCUAUUUUAGAGAAAUAUAAUCAAACACACGGUAUCUUUGAACAACUUGCAGAUAAUAAUAUUAAAUACACACAAAGAGGAAGAAUUAAAAUGACUUCAUAUGAGUCAUGGAGAAUUAUGAGAAAAGGAUCAAUUAUUGUUUUAAAAGAACAACGAAUAUUUGGAAGAGUUUGUAAAGAUUUUAGAGUUAUUAAUGAAAAUAUUAUGAUUCAAGUGUGUGUAUCUCGAGAAGACAAUAAUUGUAUUGAUGUUCAUAUUAAAGAUAUUUUUCUAAUGCCAACUGAAUCAGUUAAUCCAUCUAAGUAUUCAACUAAUAAUUGUGGUUCAUUAGUUCAAGACAUUGAAAAACAAAUAGGAGAUGAAGUUAUUAAUUCAUUUGAGCCAGUUUUAAUAGAAGGAUUAAAGAAAAAUUUUGAUAUUGAUAUUCCAAAGAAUGAAACACUUACCAGAGUUGAUUUAAAUAGAAUUUCCCAAUCAUAUAAUACAUUUAUGAAUCUUUCACGAGAACAAAAAGAUAAUUUUACAAAAGAAUAUGGACAAAUACUAAAACAAAAGAUAUCUGAACAAUGUAUGAAAGUUGGAAUAGACAAAAAACAUAAUUAUUAUCCAAGUUGGAAAAAGGAUAGAAUAGGUAUUUCCAUUGAUGAAUAUAAAUUGGUUCAUCAAAAAUUAGAGGAAUUAAAAAUAGAUUUACAAGGAAUAAAUUCAGAAAUUGAAAAACAAACAACUUCAUUAUUACAACAAUCAUCUAUAGAUUCUUUUAAUGAAAAACGGGAUAGUUCUAUUAAAGAAGCACUUAUAAAUUAUUUGAAAACAUUUGGAUUUAUUCCUAAUAGUUUUGAUGAUCAAGUUGCUAUGAAAUGUCCUAAAUCAGUUGAAACAAUUUAUAGUAACAAAAUGAUUUUAGAUAAGUUUGCAUUCUGUUUAUAUGAAGAACCAAGUUUUGAAGAAUUUAUGAAAGAACAAAUUGAGAAAGUUAAAGUGUUUAAUGAAAAUUAUAUUAAGAAAUUAGGUGUUGUUUUAAAUGAAUUACUUAAUCAUAAUAUUAAUGUUCCAGAUAAUUAUGAGACUCUUAUGAAACAAGUAAAUGAUUUUGCUACUCAAAAUCCAUCAUAUCCUAAUUCUAAAGGAUUUAUUCGUGUUGUUGAGCUUUAUAAUAGGAUUUGUUAUGAAGAACCAAACCAAGACACUCCAUUACAUAAAACAAAAUAUGGAAAAACAGUAAUGAAUGUUUUAUAUUCAUUACAAAAUGAAUUUGAUUCUAUCUAUAAUAUGUGGGGAAGUGAUGCAUUCUUUAAAUUUCACAGUAAUUCUGUUUAUGAAGAGAAGAGCGAACAAGAUGGUUGUGCAUGGAUACAAAGCAUUGAACAACAAUUAAAGAUGUGUUGUCAAGAUGGUUUUUAA